UAAUUAAUUAAAUUAAUUAAAUUAUGUAAAUUGUGUAAAUUAUGUGAAUGUGUGAUGUUGGGUGUGGAAGAUGAAAUUAGUAGGUAAAUUUUGUGAAAAUUAUGUCAUUGGGUAAUGAGAAAUUGAGUGUUAGUGACAGGGACUGGCCGAUUUUUGAGCGGCACUUUACCAAGUGGUUGUCCGACAAUUCGCGGAAUCUCAGCCGCGAAGAAGCCAAACACUUCAAAAACGCAUCCAUCAUCUCACUCUCCACCGGAGUCUCAUCCGGAUACAUCUCCAACUCAAUCUUCAAACAGAUGAAUGUGAUUCCGAAUGUGGUUUCGAGGCGGUUGUUAUCGGUUUUUAUUGGUCUUUACACUUCCGUCUUCACUAUCAACAGGCUAAGAAAAAAUAUCUACCUCAAAUUGUUGGAGAGUAUCGGCCCUGCCGGGAACGCCAGCCGGAAAAUACUCCAAAGCACCAAAGAACUCAACAUCAACAACGAUAUCGACCCAAUCUACCUACCAAACCCUAAUACCACCAACUCUCCUAACUCUCUUAACACUGUUAACUCUGUAAACUCUAUCAACACUGUUAAUAGUGUAAACUCAGUAAACAAUGUAAACUCUGUAAAUAGUGAGAAUGGUUUGGGAGGUACGGGUGAGUAUGUGUUUGGUGAUGUGUUGGGUAAUAAGUUGGUGGAAUCGGAAAAUGUAAAGGAAAGUAAAUAUAAAACCUGGGACGAUAUCAGAAGUCAGUCCCAAUAAUCUUUUAUACUCUUUA